CUGCGUACCCAGCGGGCUGUUGGCUGCUGUCGUCGUUUCCCAGCGUUGGGGAUUUUGCGUGUUCGGCGUUUCGUCCCUGCUGCCUGCGAGUUUCCUCUUCCUUCUCCUCGCCCCUCUGAGGCCACGCCAUGGCGGACCCGCGCGUCAGGCAGAUCAAGAUAAAAACGGGCGUAGUAAAGCGAUUGGCAAAAGAAAAGGUUAUGUAUGAAAAAGAAGCAAAGCAGCAAGAAGAAAAGAUUGAGAAAAUGAAAGCAGAAGCAGCAGAUGACUAUGGAAUUAAAAAACAGACUGAGAUCUUACAAGAAUCUCGAAUGAUGAUUCCAGAUUGCCAACGCAGGUUAGAAGCUGCUCAUGCAGACCUUGUUCAGCUAUUAGAAAAUGAAAAAGAGUUGGAAGAAGCUGAAGAAUAUAAAGAUGCGCUUUCUGUACUGGAGUCAGUAAAAUUAGCAGCCUAAACGGAUUUUUCACUUUAUUUAUGCCUCGGUAUUGGGUCCAUUGCCACACUUAGCUAAUAUUUGCCGACUGCUGUAUUAACUUUAAGUAGUGUUAAGAAUAAUUACUUGCUGAAAUGAUCUAUUAUACAUUAGCAAAUUAUUUAACCCUUCACUUUCUUGAAAAUUUGUUGAAUAAAUGAUUUUAUGUGA